UUCACCAAAAAGAUAUCAUAGCUAAACAGACUUGAAUUCUUUUUUCCAUCUUCUUCUCCCGUCCACAAACCUCCUUCCAAUCGUUUUCUUUUUCCCGCAUCAAACCCUAAUAAAUCAAACAAACCCUUCCCUUCCCCCCCAUAUCAUCAUCAUACAUAUAACACUUCAAUCCCCCUCCAAAUAAUUCUCCCAAACUCUCCCCACCAAAAUGAAUCAAAACCCAAAGCUUCAUCCCCACAAUUUCCCAAACCAACCAAACCCUAAACCUAACAAGAAUCAUGAGCCACUCAAAGUUGUUUACUUCUCCAAUCCCAUACGAGUCACCACCAGCGCCGCCGGCUUCCGCGGCGUCGUUCAGGAGCUCACCGGCCGGGACUCCGACAUCGCCGAGAUCCUCACCCGCCAACCCCCCAUAAGCACUCCGGCGGCGAGUUGCGAUUCACCGAUAUCCGCACGCCGGCGAAGUUCGGGGACCGGCGAGGCGGAUGGGGAUGACUCUUUUAAGUUGAUGGAUGAGUGGUUUGGAGGCACAGAUGAUUAUUUUGCUGGCCUGCUUCCUAUCUCUCUUCUCUUUGAUGUGGAGUGAAAUUGAAUUGUUUGGUGGUUUGAGU